AUGCUAUAUUUAUUUAAUAUACGUACAUUACGUGCCGCGCGAAUGUGAAAACACGUGGGAAUUGUAUAUGUGAGGAUUGGAGGUUGAUCCCAGUUGUGUCGAGCGUUUCGCAAUUGUAUUACAAGUUUGUUUGCGUAUCAUUAUUCCCGAGAUACGUGUAUAGUGUGUUCCUUACUUGUAAUGUACUUUUCAGGCUCCUCGGGUGACCAUUGAUGCAUUUGUUGCGGAGUGAGUAAUAUCCUGUGAGGAUGGGACAAACCGCAGAAGAUAACAAUGGCAGCAAUAACAAGCGGACCGAAAGUAAUGUGCAACAUAAACACAAUGAAGGCUCUUUGGAGCCCGAUAGGCAACAGCAAUCUCUUCUACCAAAGGCGAGUGGCAGUACGGCGAGACAAGUCAGAGAAUACGUCCCAAGGUCUGGGAUGAAGAAGUACAAUCAUGCUUUGGGCAAUUUGAUACCGAUACGGUACCAAAAACCAAAGAAAGGAAAUUCAUCAGCGGAUAAUGCUGGAUUAUUUUCUUAUGUAUAUAUAACGUGGAUGACACCAUACUUAUGGAAAGCGUACAAGAAAGGCCUUACGAUAAAGGAUUUACCAGACAUUUCAGUAUACGAUACCUGUGAAUAUAAUGCACUCAGACUUGAUGUACUUUGGCAACAGGAAUUAAGUCAAAACGGCCCCAAUGCAGCAUCUUUUUCCACGGUUGCGUGGAGAUUUGUACGCACACGAGUUUGCGUAUCAUGCUUUUUAUUGACGUGUUCUCUUAUAUUUGGAUUUAUCAGUCCUACAAUAUUAAUGAGGAAAAUAUUGGAGCACGUAGAGUCUCCGGAGGAGAACUUUUGGGACGGUAUCAAGUGGGUUUUUCUGCUGACACUGUGCGAUUCUCUGCGAGCUUUCUUCUUCACCUGGACGUGGAACAUGAAUUAUAAGACUGGCUUACGAUUGAAGUCGGCUUGCACAGCUCUUUUAUACAAGAAGAUCAUAAGGUUAAACAGCCUCGGCAAUAAAAGUACAGGCGAAAUAAUCAAUAUAUUUUGCAACGACAGUCAAAGGCUCUUUGAUGUGAUCAUUUAUGGACCGAUGAUUAUCUGCGGACCGAUUGUUAUAAGUUGCGGUAUAAUUUAUGUGUUGUGGUUAUUCAAUCCCAUCGCUCUGAUUGGGAUGAUAGCUUUUCUCUCGUUUUACCCGUGUCAGUACUUCAUCUCCCGGGCGACCGGCUACUUUCGCUUGAAGUCGGUAAAUAUUACGGACGCUCGGGUGCGACUCAUGAGUGAGAUCCUCGAAUGCAUAAAGUUGAUUAAGAUGUAUGCCUGGGAGAAAUAUUUCGGUCAGAAACUUCUCGCCAUACGCAAGAAGGAGGAACGUUGGCUUCAUAAGACUGCGUAUUUUCAAAGCCUUAGCAUUUCUCUGACGCCCGCUAUACCUGUGAUAUCCGCGAUCAUCACGUUCUUAGCGCACAUUGCCUCGGGCAGUGGAUUAACGGCCGCGCAAGCGAAAUCGAAUAUAACGUCCAAUAGAUUUCACACUCAUUGGAUCACGUUACAGGCUUUCCCAAUGACCACAUUAUUUGGAAAUUUGCUUAGACUGGCACUCACGUCACUUAAGGAUACCACGCGAUAUUUUAUCAGCGCCCUCAUAGCUCUUAGAAGAUUCAAGGUGUUUCCCUUCGUAUCGGUGCUCAAUGCUCAAAUUCGCACUUCUUUCAUGUUUUUACAAGUGGCCUUAGUUAAUAUCGCCGCAGUAAAGAUAACUUUUGGCAGAAUAAAGAGCGUGUUGCUGUUAGACGAGGGUAGUUGCCAAGCGUCGAAACCGAUUGUGAGAUCGCAAGCGGUUGCCAUCGCCAACGGUACCUUCGUUUGCGACAGCAUCAAGCUUCAAACGGACGCAUCGACCGACAGCAAGAAAAAGAAGAAAUCGCCAACGGUCACGGACAAUCCACUGGAACUGGAAAAUCUGAAUCAACCGACGCAGGAAGCUAAGUACGUCGAAGUUCUCACCGACGUGCAUUUCGGCGCGCCCAAAGGGAAGCUGGUCGGUAUCUGCGGUCACGUAGGCAGCGGCAAGUCCAGUUUACUGCUGGCAGCUCUGGGACAGCUGAGAAUGACGAAGGGACACAUCCUGAGGGAGGGCACCUGCGCCUACGUCAGCCAACAGGCGUGGAUCGUGAACGGUACCUUCAAGGAGAACAUCCUGUUCGGCGAGGAGUUCGACGCCAAGCGUUACUAUCACACGAUCACAAUUUGCAAUCUGAAGGAAGAUUUGAACAUGUUACCGGGAGGUGACGACACCGAGAUCGGUGAGAGGGGUGUCAAUCUGUCUGGAGGGCAGAAGCAGAGGGUUGCGCUGGCGCGAGCGUAUUAUGCCAAUCGAGACGUUUACUUUCUCGAUGAUCCUUUGAGCGCGGUGGACGCGUACGUCGGCUCGUACAUAUUUGAAAAAUUGAUCCUCGAAGCUCUUAGAAAUAAAUCUGUUCUUUUCGUGACACACAACAUUCAGUUUCUCAAACGUUGUGAUGAAAUCUAUAUGAUGAAUGCGGGUAAGAUCGUAGAGCAUGGAACCCACGAAGAUCUCAUGCGACUCGACAGGGAAUACGCCUCGAUGGUGAAGAACAGCACAAUUGCAACGGAAGAUAAUUUGUCAGUUGUUAAACAGUCUACAGAAGUAAUGCAGAACAAUAUCGAUUCAGAAGUUCAAGAGAAAUCUGCGCAAAAAGAAAAUAAUGGAAAAGAGAAAGUAUACAAAGGGGCAACUUUAACAAUGAUGGAAAAGUCCGAAACCGGAUCCGUCAAGUCGUACACUUAUCACACAUAUGUACAAGCCACGGGUGGUUAUUUGGUCGCCAUUCUCGUAUUUUUUACGUUUUUCCUGAACGUAGGCAGUUCGGCCUUCAGUACUUGGUGGCUCGCUGUUUGGAUUAAAGCUGGCGGGGGCAACGUGACUGUGCCGGGAAGUAACGAUACUGUAUAUUCGGAGAAUAUAAACGCCAAUCCCGAUUUCUCGUUUUAUCGAAACGUAUACGGUGCCUGCAUCGCCGGUAUAUUAUUGACAAGCUUUAUUCGUGGCUUGGUUAUUAUGUUCGCCACGAUAAAGGCCUCGACCACACUGCACAACACGUUUCUUCGCAAGAUCAUUAGCUCGCCGUUGGCCUUCUUCGAAACUACUCCGAGUGGUAGAAUACAGAACAUUUUUAGUCGCGAUAUAGACGAGAUUGAUAAUUACUUACCCAUAUCGAUAGAAAACAUGGUGCAAAAUAUUUUUACUUGUAGUUUUGCUAUAUUCUUUAUCUGCGGCGUAUUGCCCUGGUUUUCGAUACCGUUACUACUGUUCGGUGUACUGUUCUUCUUCGUUGGUAAAUUGUUUAGGAUUGGAAUGAGGGAUUUGAAGAGAAUGGAAAAUGUCUCGCGCUCUCCCGUCUUGAGUUUCAUCACAACGACGAUCCAAGGUCUGAGCACAAUUCACGCGUUCCAAAAGGAGAAGAAUUUCUUGUACAGAUUCGAGGAGUUAUUCAACACGAAUAACUUAUGUCAGCAUCUGUGUCAAGCCGCGAUGAGAUGGUCUGCGGUGAGGCUGGACAGUUUGGUAAUCGCCUCGUCCUGCAUAAUCGCGUUACUCGUGAUUUCAUUUAAGAACGAAAUAUCGCCGGCCUUCGCCGGUCUGGCCAUGGCGUACGCCACGCAGAUGACCGGCGUUUUCCAGUAUACAGUCAGGCUAAUGUCCGAGACGGAGGUGCGUUUUAUAAGCGUGGAGAGAAUCAGCUACUACCUCAAGACUUUGCAGAAGGAAGGCGCAAGCAGGACGGUCGCUCUUAAACCAGCCGACGAUUGGCCUUCUCAUGGCAAAAUACAGUUCAAAGCCGUUCAGAUGAGAUACAGAGAGGAGUUGCCGCUCAUACUGAUCGACGUCUCGUUUGACGUAAAGGCCGGAGAGAAAAUUGGUAUCGUGGGUCGCACGGGAUCCGGCAAGAGCUCCUUGGUCGUGGCUUUAUUCCGAUUAGUCGAGAUUUGCGAGGGUGUCAUUAAGAUCGACGGUAUAGAUAUUUCGAAAUUGGAGUUGGACGUAUUGAGAAGCAAAUUGUCGAUCAUUCCUCAGGAUCCAAUUUUAUUCAGCGGCACUAUAAGAUCUAAUUUGGAUCCCUUCCAACAGCACGCCGAUAGCGAUAUUUGGAGUGCUCUUGAAAAGACUCAGAUGAAAGAAAAGGUAUCUGUUAUGUCAGGAAAUCUCGACGCUUCCGUUGGAUUUGGCGGAAAUAAUUUGAGCGUUGGCGAGAGACAGCUUCUUUGUCUCGCAAGGGCCUUAUUACAUAGUACAAAGGUGCUGAUUCUAGACGAAGCCACAGCCGCCGUCGAUCCGGAAACUGAAGCGACGGUGCAGAACACGCUGCAGAACGAGUUCGCGGAUUGCACUGUACUUACGAUCGCUCACCGAUUGCAAACGGUCAUCUCGAGUAAUCGCAUUCUCGUCAUGAGCGAGGGCAAAGUUGUCGAAUUUGACGCACCCGCCACACUUCUCUCCCGUCCGGAUUCCGAGUUUUCCAAACUGAUGGCUGCCGCGGACGAAAACGCGUAAAAUAAUUUUCGCAGAGAUCUGAAUCACGAUUGCAAUGCAUUUAAUCGUAUUUUACUUCUAAAUGAUGAAACUAAUUACACUAACUGAUCGGAAUCAUGUGAGUAAAUGAAAGAAGAGAAAAAUAUAUUUUAUAAAAAUAUAGAAUAAAAA